AUGUCCGAACCGCGGUACCGAGAGUGGAUCCUGGAGACAAUCGACUCGCUGCGCUCGAGGAAAGCGCGACCGGACCUCGAGAGGAUCUGCCGGAUGGUGCGCAGGAGACACGGCUCAGACCCAGACCGCACGCGGGCCGAGCUCGAGAAGCUCAUCCAGGAGCAAACUGUGCUGAAAGUUAACUACAAGGGCUCUGUGUCGUACCGGAACGCCGCCAAAGUGCAACGGAAAUGCCGACGGAAGGUCGAGCAGGCUGGCGAGCGCACCAAACACCCCGCUUUCGACAACAGCAGCAGUAGUAGCAACGCCAAGAACGACAACAUCAGCGCGCGCAGUCCCGCGGACCUGGAAGCGCUCGAGCUGACGCCGUGCAGAGAUCCUUCACCCAGCAGCUGCUCGCGCUCCGCUAAAGAGAAACGGGAAGAAGAAGACGAUGGAGAAGAAGAAACCGCGGUUUUGUCUCCUGCGACAGGCGAAAUCAGCAGUUUCACGAGUUGCAACGGUAGAAACAGCUCGUGUGACACUUCCAGUCCCGCCGCUGGACGGGUCGAUGGAGGAGAAGAGACGCGCUCUGUUCUCGGCCACGGGAGCAGCGACCUGCCCGAGUCCGAGCGGCGAACUUGCACGAGCGCUCGAAACAAUAAGCAACACGCUCCCCAACUCAGGGCUGCAAAGAGCAGCGACAAAGCAGUGGAUCUAGGCGACCGGCUCGUGGCGGCCGUGUGGAGUCUGAGCGAGCGGAACAGUCGGGGUCACGCACCGCUCGGGCUCAAAGAGAUCCUGGGCUACCUCGGCACGCAGGCCGCGCACGCGGACGGUGAGAAGCUGACCCGCCACCGCGUCAAAGUGGUGCUGGAGCGCGAGAUAGAGAAAGGUCGCUUGCGCAGGACGCGCCUCGGUCACAUCACCGUGCCCGGGAGGAGAUGGGGGGGGAGCACGGGGGCGGCCAAGGCGUCCGAGCGACUCCCGGUGAACACGAACAGCGCACCGCAGGACGGGCGCAUCUCAAAGCAGAAAGAUAUAAAGGAGGAGGAGUCAAUGGAGGUGGAAUGUGAGGAGGAUGGAAAGAUGAACGAAGAAGCUGAGCCUCUGACCCAGCUCCAGCCCCAAUACACCAAAGCAGAAGAAGAAACAGACGUCAAAAUACACUCACAUGCUCCACUUUCAACCAGUGUAGAGGUGAAGGCAUGUGGAAGUAGUGUUACUCACACACCAGUGAUCACGGAGGAGAAACUCCGGCCUUCCCUGCUGUCAUCACCCUCGAAACUGGUAUCAACUCAUCAGGAAGCCGAAAAUGAACAAUGUGGAACUGAAGUUGAAAUGGUGGUAAAAGGAGAGUCAAUUCAAUCAGAAACACAAGAUCAAAGAGAACCAAUAAGUGACCAAGUGCACACAUUCACACAGGAUGAAGCGGUUAUUGUCUCAGAUGGGGUCAUACCACCACCCUCUAUUCCCAUUAAAAAUUUUUGUAAGGCAGAAGUGGCUGUGUCCUCCUGUCUGCUGACUCCAUCUGCCUCUCCAGGAGCAGCUGAGGAACGAGGGAUGAACGGAGGAGUUUUUGUAAAGUCAGAGUCGAGUAUUACAAAUCUGGUCGACUGGACAGUGGCAGACGUCGCCAGUUAUUUCACAGAAGCAGGAUUUCCAGAGCAGGCUCUCGCCUUCAGGAUGCAGGAGAUCGACGGGAAAUCACUCCUUCUGAUGCAGCGCAACGAUGUCCUGACUGGCCUGUCAAUCAGACUAGGCCCUGCCCUCAAGAUCUAUGAGCGCCAUGUGAAGGUUUUGCAGAGAACCCACUUCCAGGACGAUGAAGCAUUCUGCUGAGACCCACACUCUCUGUUCUAUGUACAAAUGGUCAGAUUUCUCUCUGGCACACAACGGAGCUUUCUACUAAGACAAAACCAACUUACAUACACACUCUAAUACUUCUGCAUUUCAUUUUGGACUUUCCCUUCCAUUUUAACCAUGGAACAUUCCAGAUAUUUGUUCUAAAGAUACUAACGCACACUCACACAUGAUAUUAUAUCUUUUCAUUCCUAUGAGGAUGAAGAACAUCUAGUGAGGUGUGAAAAAGCCCCUGAGAUCACCCCACACUUUGGAGUAACAAAAACAAAGAAGUUAUUUAUUUCAUGAUGGACUGAUCAUGUGUUUACAGCUGAGAUGGAUUUGAUGCCUCUGCCCAUGAACUUUUACCUAUGGUCAAAUUCAGUGGCCGAUGCCAUAGGCAUCUGUGAUGUUCAAUAGGGGGCAGCAAAUGGCUUGAAUGCACCCUAAAACACAGAAGUGUCUGUGGCGUGGAUGAUGCCACUUUUAAGGACUUCAUGGUCUGAAAUCAGAUUUUGUGUGCAGGAUUUCACACCAGCGCUGGACGUGCUUAUUCAACGGAAUAACAUUUUCUUUUUUCUGAGCAAGAGCUCACUGAGAUCUUUUAGAACAUAUUGCUGAGUCACAGUUUCUGACCUACAUAGCUGCGGCAUUGCAUCCUGGUCUUCCCUAUGCAUUUGGCAAAAUGCUGUGUGCAGAGAUUCUAGAACAGAUUCUAGAACCCUCAGUCAUUAACAGCUUCUGGAAUCUGCAUUAGAACAUGAUAGUUAUUAUUGGUAUCUAUCAUAUUCUAGACCAGGUUCUAGAAUCCUCCCAAAGAUCAUUAGAGAGUCCUGGAUUCUGUAUCAGAAAACAAUUUAUAGAAUCUGUCAGAUUCUAGAACAGGUUGUAUAACCUCCCAAAGCUCCACAAAACAUCUUAGAUUUUUGGAUUCUUCUUAAGAAAAACUUGAUGACAGCUAGAUUUCUUUCCUUUUUUUUUUUUUUUUGCUGAGCUCAUAUGCAGUGUAUGCUAUAUGGCCAAAACUAUGUGCACCCCGACCAUCACACCCUUAGGUGCUGGUUGAACAUCUCAUUCCAGAUUUAUUAGCCUUCACUGUUAUAAUAAACUCCACUCAACUGGGAAGGCUUUUUCACUGGUUGUUGUAAUGUGUUUGUGGGGGUUUGUGUUCAUUCAGGUACAAGGGCAUUAGUGAAAUUGGCCCUUAUGUCAUGCUAGAGGGCCUGGGGUACAGUCAAUGUCCUAGUUCAUCCCAAAGGUGUUCAGUGGGGUUGAGUUAGUCAGUGCUCUGUGCAGGACACCAGCUUUAACACAUCAUUUGUACAUUUGCUUGCUUCACAGUUCCAGUGAAGAUAAAGUGCGAUGCUACAGCACACAGAGACAUUAUAUACAGUUGUGUGCUUCCAUCUUUGUGGCAACUGUUUAGAGAAGAGCCACAUGGGUGUGAUGGUCAGAGAAAGAACAUACUUUUAACCAUAUAAUGUAGCUUGCAAAAUGGAACUCCCUUUAAAAUGUUAAGCAGUGCUAUAAUUCUUAGUGUGCUAUAAAUUUUCAUUGAGAUCUGAGGUCCAUCAGUAAAAAUCACAUGGACCUAGAAGUAACUGCAGACUGUUUUGCUUUGUACAUAUGUAAAUGUGACAUGAAUUUCACCUGUUCAUAUAAUGAAUUAAUGACGGGCUUCUCACCAGCAAUUUCAUCCCUCAUAAAAGCUCUCACCACAGAUGUUGUUCAGAAAGUGUUUUGUAUUUGGGAGUGCUAAUCUACCGUGUGUUUUUGGUAAGCAAGAUGCUGGACAGCCAACAGCUAAAUUUGUUGGUUGGAGCGAACAGUGUUGGACCAGAGGUGGAAACAGUGAUAAUCUGUUGGAUUUGUGACCGCUUUUGGAAAGUGGGAUAUAUUUUAUUUGACAUUCAAUUUAAGGAUCUUUGCUGAUAAAAUGACUGGUGUUACAUUUUAUUGAUGGGGCAUUUCAUAAACAGCUUGCUUCUGUGCUUUAAUAUGACUUAAUGUACUGUGAUAUGACUGAAUAUGUGAAUACUAGUAAUAACAAUAAUAAUAUUGCUAAUAUAAUAUUGUAGAUAAAAGUUUACCAUCAAGCGAUGUUAGCUGUUGUACUUUUGAUGUAGAUAUCCAAUCAUAAUGUUACAGUGUUGCUAGUUGUAAAUGAGUGUAUUGCAAGGUGCUUAUGAAGUGCUCUGUAAAUAAAAUGAUGAAGAAGUAAUGCAAUAACAUUCUUAAUAAUUCAAACAAAUUCUCACAAUAAGAAUUACAUUUAAACAAAUGGCAAACAUGAUAAUAUAAUACUGAAGGCUUUCUCAUGCCUUAUGUGGGAAUAUCUAUGUACAUAUUCUGAGGUUUGACAUAAAAUACGGACUUUAUUUACACAAUUAUUACAAAAUAUAAACUGUUAGGUUCAUGGCUUAGUAAAAAUCAUAGAUAAUGAUUUUAAUUGCAUAUCAGCUAGCUUGCUGCUUGUUGGAGAGAUCAUGAGAGAUCAAGUAACAAUGAUUACAUAGCUGGCUAAUAUGAGUGCAGUGCUACAUUUAGGUAGCUUGAAUAUUUAAAUAUUGAUCCUAAAUUAGUGAAUUGUGUGAUUAAGUCCAGUAUUUCAUGCUUAAAAAUUAUGCUAACUGAAAAAAGGCUUUUUCAGAUCAAAUUACCAUGUUGUCAUAUUGUCUGGCUUAAACCUGGAUACAGUCUGACAUUACGGUUCGGGAGGGUGGGGGUCUGGGGGGAAUCUGAUUUUUUUUUUUUUUUUUUUAAAGAGGCCCUGAUGCUGUGUGUGACUUGAAACAGUAACUGUUAUUUAUUACUUCAUGUUUUUAUAAAACUUCCUUUUAUGUGUUGUUGUCAUGUUGAGUAUAUCAUGAUGCUUAAAGUGCUUAACAUGCCUCCUGUGUGAAUGUGAUAUGUAAGGCCCACUAUUUCAUUUGUUACAAGAUUUUUUACAGUGUGUUUUUAUAGACUGAAAGCAGUAGGAAUUAUAGGAUCUAUUGAGGGAAGUCCAAAUUAAGAGACCAAAGUGAACACUGUGUGUUACAAGUGUACAUGCGAUACUGUCUGAAUGAACUGAGAUUAUAUGGCAUAUUAAACCAAUUAAGUGGUGUGUGUGAGGUGGAUAUAGAAGUUAAGUGUCUUACACAUGAGAAAUUGGACUUUAAUAAGCAUCACCUAAAAAUGGAUAAAUGAUCAUUUACUGACAGUAAACAGUUCCUGAUGUUUUAAAACCUGAUUGUGUUAAUAUGGCAACUUACAGAUCAAUUUGGCCAUUCUAAAAUACAGCUGCCCAGAAAUACCAUGCAUUACCUUGAUCUAGUGAAAACAAGAUGAUGUAGAUGUGUAAUGUUUAGAUGUGCAAGGAUGUAAAGUUAAAAAUAUAGUCCGCUUUAACUAGUAUUAACUAGUAUUGCUUUUAGGUAGCUUAGAUCACAGCUAGGUGACUGCUGAAAACAAAAUGCAGGUUGUUUAACAGCGGCAUAAUUGUUGUUACAUUUUAGCACAGGACUGUAAAAUUAAUGACAAGUGUACAGGCCUAAUUGUUCAACUUAUCUCAAUUCUCAGUAAUGACUUAAAAACAUUAGGUGAUGGUCUUGAGAUAAUGGGAAUUUUUUUUGUUAUUAUUAUUAUUAUUAUUAUUUUAUAACAUAAUGGAGAAUAUAAACAACAAUAAUAUCAUUAAUAAUAAUAAUUUAAAAAACUAAUGGUUCCACUGAACUUUGGUGAGAUUUUUCUGAUGUCCAUCUUUUUUGUUUGUAUGUAUUUUCACAUACAUCAUAACAAAAAAAUUUUGUUUGAAUGCAACUCUUGACUGUUAUUCUGUUUUUAUUUUUGCACUAUAAAUGCUCUUUAGUGCUGUGUGUUUGUGCUAGGCUGUGUACGAUAUUUUCAUGAACUUGUCCCAGGAACAAGACAGUGAUGAAUGUGCACAUUAGUUUGACCACAUUUCUGAAAUAGGUCCCACAUUUCUAUGCAUCAAGGCUUCGUGUGACUGAGGCCUUAUCUGUUGUCAUGCUGCUCUGUACUGUGUUUGGGUUUGUUGUGUCUGUAGAUUUAUACCUCAUCUGUGCAAUGGCUCAUGGCUUAUUAAUCGUCUGCUGUUACUUUUGUUAAGAAGGAACAUUUUAAUUAAAAAGCAAAGAUACUCCUGUGA